GCUCUGCGGUCAACGAAAGGCAGCCAGCAAACAACAACAAACAAAAACAAAACAAAACAAAACAGAAGCAAAACACGCGUCGCGUCUCGCUGCUGCUUCUGCUUCUGCCUCUGCUUCUUCUGUGUAGGGAGUCUCUGUGAAGCAGCGCUGCUUAUUUGUUUGGAAUAAUAUUAUUUCCUUGUUUAUUAUCGUCACUCUCUCUUCAUAUUAUCAUCAUAUUCGACAUGCCCGACGAAGCAGUUAAGCAGGCGAUGCUCAAAAUCGUCGACGAGCUCACAAAUAUGCGGACGAGCAAACGGGGUCGAUUCUUCAGCGAGCUCUUCAUGGACGAACCCUCUGCGGACGAUUAUCCCGAAUACUACGAGAUCAUCAAGCAGCCCAUGGCAUUCAACACCGUCAUCAAAAACGUCAAGGAAAACAAAUACAACGAUCUGGACGCGUUCGCGGCUGCUGUGCAAUUGAUCUUUGAGAAUGCAAUGUUUUUCAACGAGGAGAAUAGUCAGGUUCAUAACGACGCCAGUCAUCUCCAGCGCGCGUUCAACAGCAAACUCGAAAAGAAGAAACGCGACCUAGGCGAUCUCGCGACCAGCACGACCGACAACAACAACGACAACAGCACAAGCACAAGCAAAAAACGCAAGCAGCAAGAACUCGACGACGAGCAAGCAGGCCGGUCGGUCAAACUAAAGAUCUCACUCGGCGUCAAAACCGAAGACGAUGGGGCCGCGUCGCAAAAGACGUCGCAGAAGAUUAAGUUGAAUAUCGGGAAGCAGCGCGAUCGCGAGGCUGCUGCGGUUGUUGCGCAGUCGCAGGAUGAAGAAAGUGAAAAGGAAGAAGAGCAGGUUAAACAAGAGCCCGAGCCGCCAUCCUCAGAACGACGCGGACGCGGCCGACCGCCGCGCAACAAAGCCAGCACGCCGCAGCAAGCCGCCGACACAUCUUCAGACGCGACCGAGACGGCCGCAGGGCGAUCGCUGCGCAAGUCUGCGCGCUCGGGAGACAGACAGCCCGUGUAUGACGAGUCGCAGCUCUUGGCGGACGUUGUGGACGACGACGAGCAGGACGGCGCGGCGCCGGCGGGGACGGCAGAUGCUAGUGGUGCUGCGACGGCGGGUGGUGAGAGUAAUUCGUCGGUGCCGGCGUUGCCUGUUGUUGUUCCUGGAAGUAAGCCAGGGAAUCAGCCGAGCGCGCCUGCGAAGCCUGACGAGUCGCGGUUGCGCGGACCCGGAAAGACCAUCGCGGACGCACUAAUCACCCACUUUGCCAUCUCCUCGAAUCCCAACCACCCCGCCUUCCCACCCUACAACAUCGACUUCCCGCCCAACAAAUCCGAAAUCUUCCAAUCAUUCACCAUCGUCCUUCCCGCCGCCUACUCGAUCAUCACGAUCUCGCCCACGCUCUCGCUCUCGCUCCUCACCCGGCACUACAACCUCUACAUGUCUCUCAACAACCGCCGGCUCAGUCCGCUCAUCCAGCCGAGCACCGCCUCGCGACGACUGAACGAGCCGCCGAAGAGUUACUACGAGAUCAAGUUGAACCCCGGCGUGAACGUCGUCGAGUGCCUUGUGCAUGCGUCGCCGCCGCCGCCGCCGGUCGGGAACGCGGCCGGACGCGUUGUGGUCGCGCCGCAGAGGUACGGGAUGAUUGGCGGGACAAACAUGACGGUGAACUCGGAGGGUAGUGAGAAGGAGCGGAUCGUGGUGUGGAUAGUCCUGCAGCGCUAACUUGUUUUGUAUGUUUAGUAAUGUGUACAUUAGUAGUUUGUUUUAGAUGUUUGUGUUUGUGUUUCCUGGUCGAGGUUUGUCGAGUAGUG